AUUUUUAUCCCCUCGAUUUGGUAAUGCCAGUAACAAGAUGGUCGCGUCAUGAUUUUUCCAUAGCUCGUGCCUCGAGUUGCAUUUAGGUUAUGUCAUUGAUAACUUUCUUUUAUAUUGCAUAGUUUAUUGUUAAUCAUGUCCGACAAAGUGCAAGAAGAGAAAAAAGUAAAGAAGACGGAAGUAUUAAAAUGGUCAAAAGAUGAUAUUUUGCGUUUUUUGGCAGUGUACAAAAAGUAUGAGGAAUUGUGGGAUACUUCGAAUGAAAAUUUUAUGCGCAAAAAUGUACGCGAACACAAUUUCACAAGGUUAUAUCGGGAACUUAUUGGGAUGGGUUUUAAUAUUCGUACGGAAGAACAAAUGAAGAGAAAAAUUAAGAAUUUGAAGGAUGCAUUUAGAAAUGAAGUGAACAAAGUGAAGAAGUCUAAAAAAAGUGGAGCAAUAGCCGACAAUGUAUAUACACCAAAAUUAGCUUGGUUUCAGGAAGCUGACUCUUUUUUGAGUAAUGUCAUGUCUUGUCGAGAAUCAAUCGCCAAUGUGGGUCAAUCAGUGACAACAGAGAAUUUAAUAGAAGAUGAUGACAAUGAUUUUAUCGAGAAGGAUGAUGACAAAAACAAUCCCAACGAAGAAAAUGAUCAAACUUCUGAAUUACAGAAUGAUACUUUGCAUGCUGCUUCUGUAAUAUCACAAGAGAAAGUAAUUAUCAAGAGGAAGCAUUCGCCUAUGAUGGCUACGGAAACUUUGAAAAAUAAUUUGACGAAUAAAGUUAAAAAAAAUUCUUCGAGUUUUCAAAAUGCCGUUUCACAACUUCAUGAAAUUACUCAAAUGACAACGGAAAUCAAUGACGAAUAUGAAUGCUUUGCGAAAUACAUUACGUCUCAACUUAAACAGCUACCAUUGAGAAGUUUUAUUGUAUUACAAGAAAAAAUACAAAGUCUUAUUACUCAGGAAAGAUUGGCCAAUAUAGGACAAUUGGCUCCGUAUCCAUCCUCAUCUUUAUCUUCAUAUAUUUAUUCUAUUAAUUCGAAUGUCGAUCGGCCAAAUAAAAACAUUGAUAAAGAUAAUUAUGAAGAUGAUUUAGAAAAAUUUAUGAAAAUAAAUAGAUUAAUGCCGGAUAAAGAGUUCUGUGUUAUUGGUAAUCGAUCAACUAUACGAUCUGGAACAGUACAAUGUGAAAAAGAUGAAGAAGAUCCUUUUGACUUGGAUAAGUUUUUAGAAGAAACAAAACAUAUUGAUAAUUCAACAAAUCUAACGAAACAAUUUAAGGAUGAACGAGAUCAUCAACGUCGUGGCAAUCGUAACAAACGAAAAAAAUAUUAAUC